UCUUUGUGUAUCUUGUGAUAUCAUUUCUACACAGCGUGGUCGUGAAAAGAACAAUAGGUUAUCAGUAUUACAUAAUUAUAAUAGGAAUAUUACUUAUUUAUAUACAGUUUGAGCCAAUUUAUUAGGGUAUUUGCUUGUUGUUCCUCAUCUUACAAAUUCGAAAUGUCGGCUAGUACAGUACCAUUGGUUAAGUUCAAUAAUGGGCUGUCGAUACCCAUUUUGGGACUGGGAACAUGGCAGUCGAAACCUGGUGAGGUCGGUAAAGCCGUCUGCGAUGCUAUCGACAUUGGCUACAGACACAUCGACUGUGCUCAUCUGUACCUCAACGAGAAGGAGAUCGGAGAAGCUAUUAAAAAGAAGAUUCGUUCAGGGAUCGUCAAGAGGGAGGAUCUUUUUAUAACUUCAAAGAUAUGGAACACGUAUCACCACCCGGAUUGGGUUGAGAAAGCAGUCAGGAUAUCUUUAGAUGAUCUUCAAUUGGACUACCUGGAUUUAUAUCUUAUACACUGGCCGAUGGCUUACAAGGAAGGUACCGACCCAUUCCCUGAAGAUAGAAAUGGGAAAAUAAUUUACUCAGAUGUUGACUAUGUAGACACAUGGAAAGCUAUGGAGAAGUUAGUUGAAAAGGGUUUAGUCAGAAGCAUUGGUCUGAGUAAUUUCAAUACUAAACAGGUGCAGCGUAUUUUGGAUGCAGCGAAAAUUAAACCUGUAACGAACCAAGUCGAGUGCCACCCUUACUUGUACCAGAAGAAAUUGUUUAAUUUCUGCAAAGAGAGAGGAGUAACACUUACAGCAUACAGUCCCCUAGGCAGCCCUCAAAGGCCUUGGGCUAAGCCCGGAGAUAUUAACGUCCUGGACACCGCAAUUAUUAAGGCUAUUGCUGCAAAAUACAAUAAAUCUCCUGCACAAGUUUUAAUAAGGUGUGCCAUCGAUCGUGGAAUUGUCGUGAUUCCCAAGAGCACUACGAGGUCACGAAUAGCUGAGAACUUCAACGUAUUUGAUUUUAAACUAACUCCUACAGACCUCGAACAAAUCGCGAGCCUCGACUGCAAUGGCCGUCUCAUACCGCAAGCAGAGGGCCGAGAACACAAGGACCACCCGUUUGCCCAUGGAGAUGAAUAAAUAGGUAUUUUGUGAAGGUAGUUCGAACUUUCAUUAUAAUUUCGUUAUGGAGAUAUACGAAUAAAAUAUUUGGUGGAAGUAAUUCAAACCUUCAUUACCUACAAUAUCGUUGUUUAGCUGUAUAUUGACUUAUGAGUAUGUUAAAGAUAUAUUAUAUUUUUCUGCCACAAAUGUAAAGAUUCCUAAAUAAAAGAAA